GAUAUUAUACCUGUACCAGCCAGUGAUACAGCAAUUGCUAUGUCUUUUACGGCUCUUUUUGUGAUCGAUAUCGUGUUGUUAGCUUUUACUUCAGCCUCAGUUGAUUUGACAUUUGUUAGCCAGGAGAUUUGUAUUGGAAGCUAUGCAUUGUUUCAGUGUAACGUUACUGGAGACGAGUUAAUAUGGACAUACAAUGGAAGCUCUGUUGCAGGCUACACGGCUUCUAUAAAUAAUUCACAAAUUCUUGGUCCGUACAAUACGGAGCUUGUUUCUAGUAAUAAUGGUGUCCUUUUGUCAUUUGCUAAUACAACAACUAACCCUGUUACCAGUUCUCUUAAUGACACAACCAUCGAAUGUAGAGAUUCAUCUAGUGUUACACCAACAACAGUCUCUAAAUCACUGACAUUGGAUGUUAAAAAAUCAGUACCUGCUAUAAUAACAGCUCAAUUUGUCUCACCUAAUGCUAUCAUGCUCACUUGGAGUGGAGAUACUUGUAUACAAUCGUACAGAUUUUCUGUUUAUGCUACAGUUUUUGAUGUUUCAGUAUUUACAGAUAUGGUUAGUGGAACACAAGACAUUUAUACUCCAGAUCAACGAUCUUUUUCUGGUGACUAUAUCUUUGAAUUAACCAGUAUUGAUUAUACUGGAAAUGAUGCUGGUUCUACAAAUGCAACUUUUCCUUGGAAAAGGCCUAACUAUUCAGUUGCUGUAGAUAUUAACAACAGAAUUGCCAACUUUGCAUUUGAGAACAAUGCUGAUGAUGAACGACCUCCGAUUACUGAUUGUAGUAUUACUUUUGAUGAUGUUUCAAAAUUAUGUGUAAUGGACAAUAAUAUUGUCUUUAACAUAACGUCUGGAGUUGAGCACACUUACAGUAUUAAUAUUUCCAAUGUUGUUGGAACAGUUAAUAGGAAUGGCAGUAAGAUGAUUUAUUUUAUCAUGCACAGUUCAAUUUGGCUAUCAAAUUGGUUAUUAAGUCACUUAUACCAAUAGUAUAUAAUAUAAGGAGAGAGAGAAAAUCCAACUAUCCCUACCGCCCCAUGUGUGUAGAUUUUUAAGAAGUCAUGCACGCUCCGCAUACUUUAGUAGUUUUCAAUCAAUGUUUAUACAGUUCUAAUAACUGAAGUAUACUGAGAACUGAAUGAAUGUGAAUUGACAGUUUGACAAACUUAUAGCAGGCUUUGAUAGGGCCUUGCUACUAUCUUAAUUUAAAGGUGGGUUCUCAGCAUUGCUUUUUGUGCACUUGUGUUGUGACCAGAAGUGCUGUUGUAGAAACAAAUGGUACGUAGCAUGUGUCAAUGUGUCAUGAUAGAAAUAUUUUCUAAUUUGACUGUUUUGACGUGUUCAUGCAGGCUCCCAUUAGUUUUUAUGGCACUUUUGGUUGCAACGCAAGCCUACAAAAAGCAAUAAUGUCACCCACCUUAAGGUAUUAUGUAAUCUUGAUUAUACUUUUAUAAUGUAAUGUAGCCUACUAGAGUAUAAUGAAAUAAUUACAAUAAUUACAGCUCCCAACCUCCUGAUAUAUGUAGCUGUAUGCUUGAUGUAUCAUUAAUGUUGGCUGUUUGAGCUGUUUUCAAAUGUACAUUGUAGAAGUUGUAUGACCAAACCACACAGUAUGGCUAAUAAUCCCAUAGAACCUUUACCUCC